CAAUUCGCAUGGAACGCUGGGACGUGCGGAGCCCAGCGGUAGUUGAAUUCGCCCUCUACGCUAAACAUACAAUUCCAAGACUGAGUUGUCAGCGAAAGGCCAUCACACACCGUUUCAAUUUGAGGUAUAAUCUCUUCUUUCUACAACGCUUUUUUUUGUUGUCUCGUGAUUACCUUAGGCGUGACGUCGGCAUACAACAAUUAAUUUAAUUGUAAGACCUGUCAGUCAGGCGAAGUUCACAUUUAACGUUGGGCGCGUUCGAGCGGUUCACUUUUGUCAAAUCGGUGACCAUCGUUGGUCAUAGCCUUUCAAAGUGUGUUGUAUUAUUUAAUCAUUGUCCGACUUGCGACUACAUGAACUUGACAAAAAUCAUGUGAUCAAAGGUCAUGAAGUUUAGACUGCAAGUUGCUCUAAGUGUUCUUUACCAACUUCAUCCUGCAGCCAUCGCCUGCAUUGUGGGAGGCGCGAUUGUCAACCAAUCAUUAGGGUGUUUUUGUUUGACCACGCGUACGUGACCAAAGACAUGACUGGAACAGGAACCAUCUUUGCCGCGAUUCAUGUAAAGAAUGGAUAUGAAUGUUAUUUUUGAGGCUACUAUACACACGAAUUAUUAUUUUUUUGACUGAGUUUGUGAGAUGGGGGUUGGAGCCAUGUUUAUUUCGACAUUAUAAAGAUUGCAUUUAUAAACAAUUGCAACACUACCAUGUUGAUCUGAGCCUUGUUGUAUAACCACAUUUGUGUCCGGCUGUCGCAGAGCUCACUCCUUGACUUUCGUCUAAAACGUUGGGGGUUAUGAAAUAACGGAGCCCCAUUCAUUUUGAAGUUAGUGGGCGGGGCGGACGUUGGGCUAUGCAAACAUGGCCAAAGGAGUGUGAACAGGGCUGGACCAAAGUUGGGGGAACUGACAUUUUGUCUCGCAUUUCGGAACAUCGCGAUGCUAUUGAUCAAUCGAAGCUCACUAUAGUUUCUAGCCCCUACUGGAUUGACUAUUGAAUCCUAGCACUAUCUAGCCUGCUUGUUAGCACCAACAUGAAGGCGACGCUAGGAUGGCAAUCCGAAUUUAUACGUACGAAGGAUCUCAGCCACUCUUAAACGCGCCUGUUGUCACCUGUUGUGCACUCUCCGCGGGGUUCACGAAAGCUGGUGUUUCCUGUUUUUCAGGGAUAAAUGUUUAUGUAUGACAUCUAAAUGCAAUCUAAUGGGCUUAUUUUCUGGCUUAUCAUUCAGAUGAGAGAUCCUUGUCAAUGGGUGUAAGCCGGCUGGAUGUUCUUUACAGAAAGCUUCUCCUCACCAAGCUUUUCAUCCAAGGUUGGGGAAAGCCUGAUGAUCUGAAAAGGUAGCCUACAAUAUCCCCACUGUCAUAUAGGGCAUGGCAAUCACUAAGUCAAUUUUCACCUCAUUCUUAUUUUUUUGGCAGUGUAUAUUUAACCACCCUUCAUAUUUCCACAGAAUAUUUGAGUUACGGAAAAUCGUUGGCGAUAGAGAGAAGUGUAAGGAACUGGUACCUAAGGACUAUCCCGUGUUUAUUGACAAGGUACCCCUCCCUCACUUCAAUCUGAUAGAGCUUUUGUUCAGCCUAAAGUCUUAACAAACGCUUACUGUACCUUUCCAUUUUUUUUCAUUGCCAUUGACUCAACCUGUUUUAUAGUGAAACAUCAUGCAGUUGUAUGUUUUUUUGCUAUUGUUUUUAGGUAGAAGAUCAGUCUGACUGCAAAAUCCACAAUGGGUAUUUCAUAUCUCCCCUGGAACACAUUGUCCCCGGUAUCUUGCCAUCCGAGUCCGUCAAAGCCAGGUAAUGGAAAUAGUACUGUCACUAAAUGAUUAGUCAAAUUAUGCAGAUUGCCAUAUAGUAAUAAUAGACCAUGUCUCCUAUGACUUGGAAAAAUCUAUGAUUGAUUUGAUCUUACUUCUGAGUUUUCAUUUCAUGCAGCUUUUUUUGUUAAAGCUGGAAUCCGCAGCGGUGAAACUGACACGUCCGUUUGCGAUAUUACAACAAAGAUGUUACUUCAAACAACGAACACAAUUUUUCCCCCUCUGACAUCAUUGCAUGUGCAAUAGAAAUGCAGAGUAUGUACUAUUACUAUGAUUAUUUUUUUUAACCACGAUGCAAGAUGCUACUCUGACCCGUAACAAAAUAAUUACAUAUACAGCACCAGUCAAAAGUUUGGACACACCUACUUAUUGAAGGGUUUUUCUUUAUUUUGACUAUUUCUUACAUUGUAGAAUAAUAGUGAAGAAAUCAAAACUAUGAAAUAACACAUGGAAUCAUGUAGGAAGCUUUAAAGGGUUAAUCAAAUCAAAAUAUAUUUAUAUUUGAUAAUCUUCAAAUAGCCACCCUUUGCCUUGAUGACAGCUUUGCACACUCUUGGCAUUCUGUCAACCAGCUUCACCUGGAAUGCUUUUCCAACAGUCUUGAAGGAGUUCCCACAUAUGCUGAGCACUUGUUGGCUGCUUUUCCUUCACUCUGCAGUCCGACUCAUCCCAAACCAUCUCAACUGGGUUGAGGUCGGGGGAUUGUGGAGGCCAGGUCAUCUGAUGCAGCACUCCAUCACUCUCCUUCUUGGUAAAAUAGCCCUUACACAGCCUGGAGGUGUGUUGGGUCAUUGUCCUGUUGAAAAACAACUGAUAGUCCCACUAAGCCCAAACCAGAUGGGAUGGCGUAUCGCUGUGGUAGCCAUGCUGGUUAAGUGUGCCUUGAAUUCUAAAUAAAUCACAGACAGUGUCACCAGCAAAGCACCCCCACACCAUAACACCACCUCCUCCAUGCUUUAUGGUGGGAAAUACACAUGCAGAGAUAAUCCGUUCACCCACACCGCGUCUCAAAGACACGGCGGUUGGAACCCAAAAUCUCCAAUUUGGACUCCAGACCAAAGGACACAUUUCCACUGGUCUAAUGUCCAUUGCUUGUGUUUCUUGGCCCAAGCAGAUCUCUUCUUCUUAUUGGUGUCCUUUAGUAGUGGUUUCUUUGCAGUAAUUCGACCAUGAAGGCCUGAUUCACACAGUCCCCUCUGAACAGUUGAUGUUGAGAUGUGUCUGUUACUUGAACUCUGUGAUGCAUUUAUUUGGGCUGCAAUUUCUGAGGCUGGUAUCUCUAAUGAACGUAUCCUCUGCAGCAGAGGUAACUCUGGGUCUUCCAUUCCUGUCGCGGUCCUCAUGAGAGCCAGUUUCAUCAUAGCGCUUCAUGCUUUUUGCGACUGCACUUGAAGAAACUUUAAAAGUUCUUGAAGUUUUCUGUAUUGACUGACCUUCAUGUCUUAAAGUAAUGAUGGACUGUCAUUUCUCUUUGCUUAUUUGAGCUGUUCUUUACAUAAUAUGGACUUGAUAUUUUACCAAAUAGGGCUAUCUUCUGUAUACCCCCCCUACCUUGUCACAACACAACUGAUUGUCUCAAACGCAUUAAGGAAAUAAAUUCCAUAAAUUAACUUCAGAAGGCACACCGGUUAAUUGAUUUGCAUUCCAGGUGACUACCUCAUGAAGCUGGUUGAGAGAAUGCCAAGUGUGCAAAGCUGUCAUCAAGGCAAGGGGUGGCUAUUUGAAGAAUCUCAAAUAUAUUUGUUUAACACUUUUUUGGUUACUACAUGAUUCCAUGUGUGUUAUUUCAUAGUUUUGAUUUCUUCACUAUUAUUAUUACAAUGUAGAAAAUAAUAAAAAUAAAGAAAAACCCUUGAAUGAGUAAUGUCCAAACCUUUUACUGGUAGUUAUAUAUACACAGUUGAAGUUGGGAGUUUACUUACAGUGGGGAGAACAAGUAUUUGAUACACUGCCGAUUUUGCAGGUUUUCCUACUUACAAAGCAUGUAGAGGUCUGUAAUUUUUAUCAUAGGUACACUUCAACUGUGAGAGAUGGUAUCUAAAACAAAAAUCCAGAAAAUCACAUUGUAUGAUUUUUAAGUAAUUAAUUUGCAUUUUAUUGCAUGACAUAAUUAUUUUUUCGAUACAUCAGCAGAACUUUUUAUUUGGUACAGAAACCUUUGUUUGCAAUUACAUAGAUCAUACAUUUCCUGUAGGUCUUGACCAGGUUUGCACACACUGCAGCAGGGAUUUUGGCCCACUCCUCCAUGCAGACCUUCUCCAGAUCCUUCAGGUUUCGGGGCUGUCGCUGGGCAAUACGGACUUUCAGCUCCCUCCAAAGAUUUUCUAUUGGGUUCAGGUCUGGAGACUGGCUAGGCUACUCCAGGACCUUGAGAUGCUUCUUACGGAGCCACUCCUUAGUUGCCCUGGCUGUGUGUUUCGGGUCGUUGUCAUGCUGGAAGACCCAGCCACGACCCAUCUUCAAUGCUCUUACUGAGGGAAGGAGGUUGUUGGCCAAGAUCUCGCGAUACAUGGCCCCAUCCAUCCUCCCCUCAAUACGGUGCAGUCGUCCUGUCCCCUUUGCAGAAAAGCAUCCCCAAAGAAUGAUGUUUCCACCUCCAUGCUUCACGGUUGGGAUGGUGUUCUUGGGGUUGUACUCAUCCUUCUUCUUCCUCCCAACAUGGCGAGUGGAGUUUAGACCAAAAAGCUCUACAUGACCUUCUCCCAUUCCUCCUCUGGAUCAUCCAGAUGGUCAUUGGCAAACUUCAGACGGGCCUGGACAUGCGCUGGCUUGAGCAGGGGGACCUUGCGUGCGCUGCAGGAUUUUAAUCCAUGACGGCGGAGUGUGUUACUAAUGGUUUUCUUUCAGACUGUGGUCCCAGCUCUCUUCAGGUCAUUGACCAGGUCCUGCCGUGUAGUUCUGGGCUGAUCCCUCACCUUCCUCAUGAUCAUUGAUGCCCCACGAGGUGAGAUCUUGCAUGGAGCCCCAGACCGAGGGUGAUUGACCGUCAUCUUGAACUGCUUCCAUUUUCGAAUAAUUGCACCAACAGUUGUUGCCUUCUCACCAAGCUGCUUGCCUAUUGUCCUGUAGCCCAUCCCAGCCUUGCCUUGGUCUACAAUUUUAUCCGUGAUGUCCUUACACAGCUCUCUGGUCUUGGCCAUUGUGGAGAGGUUGGAGUCUGUUUGAUUGAGUGUGUGGACAGGUGUCUUUUAUACAGGUAACGAGUUCAAACAGGUGCAGUUAAUACAGGUAAUGAGUGGAGAACAGGAGGGCUUCUUAAAGAAAAACUAACAGGUCUGUGAGAGCCGGAAUUCUUACUGGUUGGUAGGUGAUCAAAUACAUAUGUCAUGCAAUAAAAAGCAAAUUUAUUACUUAAAUCAUACAAUGUGAUUUACUGGAUUUUUGUUUUAGAUUCCGUCUCUCACAGUUGAAGUGUACCUAUGAUAAAAAUUACAGACCUCUACAUGCUUUGUAAGUAGGAAAACCUGCAAAAUCGGCAGUGUAUCAAAUACUUGUUCUCCCCACUGUAGGUUGGAGUCAUUAAAACUCGUUUUUCAACCACUCCACAAAUGUCUUGUUAACAAACUCGUUUUGGCAAGUCGGUUAAGUAAUUUUUCCAACAAUUGUUUAUAGACAGAUUAUUUCACUUAUAAUUCACUGUAUCACAAUUCCAGUGGGUCAGAAGUUUACAUACACUAAGUUGAAUGUGCCUUUAAACAGCUUGGAAAAUUCCAGAAAAAGAUGUCAUUCCUUUAGAAGCUUCUGAUAGGCUAAUUGACAUCAUUUGAGUCAAUUGGAGGUGUACCUGUGGAUGUAUUUCAAGGCCUACCAUCAAACUCAGUGCCUCUGCUUGACAUCAUGGGAAAAUCAAAAGAAAUCAGCCAAGACCUCAGAAAUUUUUUUGUAGACCUCCACAAGUCUGGUUCAUCCUUGGGAGCAAUUUCCAAACGCCUGAAGGUACCACAUUCAUCUGUACAAACAAUAGUACGCAAGUAUAAACACCAUGGGACCACGCAGCCGUCAUACCGCUCAGGAAGGAGAUGCAUUCUGUCUCCUAGAGAUGAAUGUACUUUGGUGCAAAAAGUGCAAAUAAAUCCCAGAACAACAGCAAAGGACCUUGUGAAGAUGCUGGAGGAAACCGGUGCAAAAGUAUCUAUAUCCAUAGUUAAACGAGUCCUAUAUCGACAUAACCUGAAAGGCUGUUCAGCAAGGAAGAAGCCACUGCUCCAAAACCACCAUAAAAAAGCCAGACUACGGUUUGCAAAUGCACAUGGGGACAAAGAUUGUACUUUUUGGAGAAAUGUUCCCUGGUCUGAUGAAACAAAAAUAUAACUGUUUGGCCAUAAUGACCAUCAUUAUGUUUGGAGGAAAAAGGGGGACGCUUGCAAGCCGAAGAACACCAUCCCAACCUUGAAGCACAGGGGUGGCAGCAUCAUGCUGUGGGGGUGCUUUGCUGCAGGAGGGACUGGUGCACUUCACAAAAUAGAUGGCAUCAUGAGGAAGGAAAAUUAUGUGGAUACAUUGAAGAAACAUCUCAAGACAUCAGUCAGGAAGUUAAAUCUUGGUCGCAAAUGGCUCUUCCAAAUGGACAAUGACCCCAAGCAUACUUCCAAAGUUGUGGCAAAAUGGCUUAAAGACAACAAAGUCAAGGUGUAGUCCCGUGUAGCUCAGUUGGUAGAGCAUGGCGUUUGCAACGCCAGGGUUGUAGAAAAUGUGUGGGCAGACCUGAAAAAGCGUGUGCGAGCAAGGAGGCCUACAAACCUGACUCAGUUACACCAGCUCUGUCAGGAGGAAUGGGCCAAAUUCACCCAACUUAUUGUAGGAAGCUUGUGGAAGGCUACCCGUAACGUUUGACCCAAGUUAAACAAUUUAAAGGCAAUGCUACCAAAUACUAGUUGAGUGUAUGUAAACUUCUGACCCACUGGGAAUGUGAUGAAAGAAAUAAAAGCUGAAAUAAAUAAUUGUCUCUACUAUUAUUCUGACAUUUCACUUUUUUUAAAUAAAGUGGUGAUCCUAACUGACCUAAGGGAAUUUUUACUAGAAUUAAAUGUCAGGAAUUGUGAAAGACAAAUACAUUUAAAUUCAGUUUAAGGUGUAUGUCAACUUCUGACUUCAACUGUGUCUAUGUGUGUAUGUAUGUAUGUAUUAUAUAUAUAUAUAUAACAAAUGGCGACCAGUGGCACUGUUUCACGUUAUGCGGAUCUCAGCUUUAAGUAAAGUAAGAAGCCUUGUCUGAGGUAGAACAGCCCAUAGGGCAGUUUUUCCUCCGAACAGGAUGCUAUCGCAGGGCCUCACUCCAAAUCCAUCUCUUUAAUGCUAACUGCCUAGCAGAGAGGCGUUGGGUCCCAUUUUUAGUCUUUGUUAUGACUCAACUUUCCAAUCUCAAAGCAGACACUAAUCACAAGGCCUGUUUUUUUGUGUUUUAAGGUUCCAGUUUAUAGUUCCAAAGAAGUGGAGAAAGCACAAGCCAGUAUGCAUUCACUUGGCUGGGACUGGCGAUCAUGUAAGUUACAUUAGCUACUACACUGUUCAUAAUAUUCUUUGCACUAACAGGGUAGCUACAUUUGUCAAUCAAAUGGAAUAGCUUCCCCUGAUCAACUGCACAAACCAGGUAUCAACUUUCUUUAUGAUGCACAACCUCUCAUAGAAAAUGUCUUUAUGGCUUUAUUAUCAGUUCUUCUGGAAGCGGCGGACCCUCAUGGCCAGACCCAUGAUAAAGGAGGCAGGAAUGGCAUCACUUCUCCUGGAAAACCCUUAUUAUAUCCUUUUAAUUAGAGAAAUUGUAAAAUAAGUAUUUAAGUAUUCAUAUACUCUUUACAUUGUAAAUUGUUUUAAAUAUUAUUAUUCCAAUUUCUUAACUGCGACGUGUACAUGGCUACCGGAAACCAAAAGAACAAGUGUAAGUCAUCCCCAUAACCUUCUGUCGUCGUUUUUUUUCUCUCUCACAACUUCUACAAUUAUUCGAGAGUCAUGGCAUUGUUGUUAUGAUUUGUGCUUUAUGCUCUGUGCUUUGUCUAGUCGUUCUAGCCUGAGGAAUGUGUCAGACCUCUUUGUGAUGGGAGCAGCGCUCAUCCUGGAGUCUGCAGUGCUGCUACACUGGCUGGAGAGGGAGGACUACUGGCCCCUCGGCAUGACUGGUAUCUCAAUGGGAGGGCAUGUGAGUACACACCACACAGUCAAUCACUUUAUUACCAAAAGUAGACAUAUCAGUGUAAGUGAAUUCCUAAAAGAGAUAGAACAAUCAAUGGAAGCUCUCAUCUUCUCACAGAUGGCAUCAUUAGCUGUAACCAAUUGGCCAAAGCCCAUACCGCUGAUUCCCUGUCUCUCCUGGACCACCGCUUCCAAUGUUUUUACCACAGUAAGCAUUCCUUUAUCCAUUUCAAAUUUACAAAGCACAUUUCUCAUGCUGGCAAGUCUUUAAUUUCCGGUUUUAAAAACUAAAAGCAAAUCAGAAAACUGCCUAAAUUUGUUAAGCGCUGUACUCUGAUGAAAUACAUACUUUGUGUUUUACAGGGUGUUUUGAGCAAAGCUGUGAACUGGAGGGAACUGGAGAAGCAGUAUGCAAUGCACUCAGUGUACGAACAGGAAAUCAUCAGACUGUUGGAGUACUGUGGGGUAUACCUUAAAAUUCCAUACCAUAAUGUUAGGCCUACAUAUUGUACUAUAUCGUACCAUCUGUUUUAUAGGUUGAGAUGAUGUUGUCAAUUCAAUCAAUCCUUUUUACAGCAGUUGUCAUAAAUUGCUUUACAGAUUGGUUCAUUAUUUAAUAAUUGGUACAUUAUUAGUGCGGUCAAUUGGUUCAUAAUUGACAAGACAACCUUUAAUUUCAGGUUGAUUCCUUCAAGAUGGGUCAGGAGUUUCUAAAGAGCUCACUUGACACGCUUUCUGGUCUGAAUCUCUCCACGGAACUUCUGGGUCUGCAUGCCCCCGAGAGGGACCGCAUGGGGCUGCACACCACUGCCCUGCGCUCCCGGGCUGGGGAAGUAGCUGAUGGACAGGACCAAUUGAUUGGACAGCAUCACGAUCAUAGGCUGGACCAGAUGCUUUCCUCUGUGAGCAGCGGCGGACCUCGCGUGAACAUGCAGCACACCAACAUCAGCCAGGGCGGUGGUAGUGGGUGGCAACGCCAGUCCCUCCAUACUGAGUCUCUGGACUUUAUGAAGGGUGUCAUGGAUGAGUGCACACACAUCGCCAACUUCUCAGGUGAGAAUUGACAGAUUCUUAUAGAGCUGGGACCCAAAAAAUGCUGCAGCUGUGCAGUAUAAAGAUAACUUAAGCCUUGCUAUCUUUGUUUUCCAGUGCCGGUGGAUCCCAGUCUGAUCAUUGUGAUACAGGCAAAGGAAGAUGCUUAUAUUCCACGCACAGGUGUGCGCAGUCUACAAGAGAUCUGGCCGGGCUGUGAGGUGCGGUAUCUCAACGGGGGCCACAUCAGCGCCUACCUCUUCAAACAGGGACUUUUUCGGUGAGUAAAUGGUUUCACAAUUUCACAAAGAGCCAGAUGCCCAUUGUCUUCUUUUUAUAAUAUUCUGAAUUACUUAUUUGGUAUGUUUGUCUUACAGGCAAGCCAUCUAUGAUGCCUACGACCGAUACCUUAAAAAGUAUUCCAAUACCUAGCCACUAAAACAGAAACUCAUCCUCACAGGAAAAGGAUGCCAUUUUCUAAUUUGUAAAUAAUUUCAAAGUAUGCAGUAUAAUUUGAGGACAUCAAAUAGUCAAACAAAUCAUGAUGGAUACAUUUGUAGCAUGUUAUCCAUACACUUACAAUGUGGUGCUACUGAAAUGACAGAUUUAUGUAAAAAAUUGAAAAUAUUGUUUAUAUGGAUAAAUGGGUAUAGGUAUGUCUUUCUAAAGCUCACACAUGAUCCCACAUUUGCCAAUUCCACACUUUGUGCUCCUCAACCCAUUUUUAUCCAUGAUGUUGCCUUCACCAAUUAUUCUAGGACUAAAGGCUGUGAUCAAGAGGUGCCUCACUUUAUCUUAAAAUGUUAAUAUCUUUCCCCAAACCUCUCCUGCCCCACAUUGAAUUAUUCUCAAUAUUUCUGAUCCUGCCCUGCUCUAACAUGUUAUACACCUGUUACUUCUUACAAAAGUUUAGAUGGGGGAUAUUGUACACUGUAGGUUAACUCCAACCCUAAUCUACCACACAUGAUUCUAAUAAUUAGCUGGUUGAUAAGUUGAAUAAGGUUAGUUACAACUGGGGUUGGAGCGAAAACCUACAGGAGGGUAGCUCUCCAGGAACAGGGUUGGAGUGAACCUACAGGAUAGUAGCUCUUCAGGAACAGGGUUGGAAAGCCCUUUGUCAGAGUAUUGGAGUAAACCAGUGUUAAUAGUAUAAUAUAGUCAAUGGUAAAUAGUC